AUCUCAUUCCGUACGAACAUUAUUUUUUAACACUGUACAUGGUCGGGUAAAAAUUUUCAUUGGCAACAUUUCUCUCCCUGCUUGUUGUGAUUUCGUAUUCCGAGAUUUUCAUUUGCCAGAGAAUUCGAUUUUUCUCCGCGGCGGAGUAAGCACUGUGCAAAGAUUUAUGGCAGUUGUGGUAUUUUCUGAAUAUCAAAUUAAUUUAGUUUAGUUGUGAUUUGUGUAUAACUGAGUAUAUUUACGAAAAUGUCUCUGUUUGGUUCGCUAAUGGGAGACGUGGAAGAUGAAUCGUUUUUUGGAUCGCAAAUGAGCCACAUGCGGCAUAUGAACAACAUGAUGAACUCGUUUCUGACGGACCCAUUCAGCAUGCUGGGAGGCGGCCCACUAGCUAUUGGAGGGCCACACCAUGGCAACUCCUUAAUGCCCUUCAUGCCGCAGAUGCCACCAAUCAACAGACUCUUUGGAGGCGGAAACUUUAUGAGCGGGCCGAUGGGCGUCGGCACUUCCUUCAGCAGGAGCACCAUUGUGAUGUCUAGUGGACCCAACGGCCAACCUCAGGUUAUCAGCUCGUCCAGCAGCACCAAGUACGGCCCCAACGGCAUCAAGGAGACGCGCAACACCAUGCAGGACUCCCGCACUGGCACCAAGAAGAUGUCCAUUGGCCACCACAUCGGCGAGCGCGCUCACCUCAUAGAACGCGAGCAGAACUAUUACUCCGGAGACGCGGAGGAGCGCCAGGAGUUCAUCAACAUUGAGGAGGAGGAAGCUGAGGAGUUUGAUAGGGAGUUCCAAACGAAGGCAGGUUCUGGUCAGAUGCGUUCCCGCGAAGCUAUCGCUGGACGGCGCUCCCCGCCGCGUCUCGCGCUGCCCGCGCCGCCCGCGCCGCCCGCGCCCGCCACGUCCGCCGGUCCGAGUGUCCGCGACGUGUACGGCACUCCGCACCCCAAGCGUCAGCGACACAAGCACGUCAACCGACACCGACAUGCUGACAACUGAGCACUGACACCGACACCGACACCGACAGAUAUACUGACAUUACACCACACAAAUACUAUCAAGGAUUUACCAAUGUUCUAUAAAAUGUACAGUCGCGGAAAUCUGCACUGUUACUCUUAUGUGGUUUGUUUAUUGACCGAUUUCCCAAAAGAAGGAGGUACUCAAUUCGUCUGUAUGUUUUUUUAUGUGUUACGGUAUGACUCCGCCGCUAGUGGACCGAUCUUGAUAAUUCUUUUUUAUCCGAAAGGUAGUGCAGGUGGGUCCCAUUUUUACGAGACAAUCUGCACUUCCUAUAAAUAACUAAUAAGUGCUAACUAAGGUAUAACUAAAAAAAACUAUCCAUGUACUAACUGACAUUUUUGUACUUAUAAGCAUUGUAUUUUGUUCUACGUCUCGUUUCUAAAUUUUCAAAUGAUUGUAGUAUUUACGGAACAUGGACAGUUUGCUUGAUUGUACAAUGAGGAAAUCUGGUCGUAUUUCAAUUUAAAAGCUACGAUAGUUACAGAAUCGGAACAAUAACCAAUAAUGUACCUUUUAAAUUAGGAAAAAAUAGUUUUAUAUGGAUAAUUGGUUUUUAUUAUCCUUUCGUUUGUGCAACUACCUAAUUGGAUAAGGAAUAAGGCGAGUUUGUGAAAGUAAAACACCGUGCGUUUCCGCGAUUGUACUUCUGAUACUAUUGUAAUGUCUAGACGAGGUGAGCUGUCAAAUAUGACCAAUAAUUUAUUUUGUCUUUUUUUCUGUCGAGUUUUAAGUAUUAAUUUGUGAUUUUCAACGUUUCUGUUUGAAAAAAUACUAUUUUUCUUACAUUCUAAAAUUUCUUUGAUUUUAUUUGAACGUUUAAAUAUGGCAGCGUUUUUUACACUUUAAAUGCGACAUUUUGACGCAUUGAUCGUGUUAAGGUAAUUUUGUUGUUAACUCAGAAAGACGGUAGAUUGAAAUUUCUAUUAAUUAUGUCUACCUACAAUAAUGUAGUUUUAAACUUAAGUGCGAAAUAUUAAAAAUAUAAACUAUACGACUAAUGUAUGGGUUUUAUAUUAAACCGUAUUUUGUAGGUAAUAAGAUUCAAUUUCGUACAAAUAGUUUAUGUUUUAGACAAACUGACGGAGUUUCCGUUUAUUUUUUUUUAUAAGAAAAGCGGGCAAACGAGCAACGGAUCGCUUGAUAUUAAGUUAUUUAAACUUGUGACGAUGAGGCAAAUAUCUUGAUAUUAACUUGAAAUAGAAUAAAACUUUAUUGUUAAGGAAAUAAGGUUUUUCAAUAGAUCCUAUAUCACCCCACCUUUAGGUAAUUUCUGUUUUAGAAGCAUUUUUUUGUUAAUUCAGAUUUUUAGUAAUUUUUAAAAAUAUGUGAAAGUUUAAUAUCUUUUGAAUAAAGGGCAUUAUUAAAUUUUAUCUUACUUAAAAUUAUUAGAGAUAAAUUUUACUUGGCUUUUUUCAUCUUAAUAUGACUUUAAGUAUGUCUGUGUUUGUAACUUCAGUGACGGGUAUUUUUGGACCACUGAUCUCUAUGGACAGGCUAUUUUAUGCAUAUUUGAUUUUCGCCAUUUUAGCUCUGAUGGUGUUUCGUCACAACAUUACUAGGCGCGUUAAAAAAACGGAACCUAGCACGAAAAUUUCCAAACUAGAGUGAUUAUGUCGAUGCUUUCUUGAAAAUUUUCGUGCUAUACUCCAAGUCGUUAUUGUUAUCAACGACUUUUUCUUCGUUCCAAAACUCGCGAAAAGGCGUUACUGAGAGUUUUCUUUCUCUAUCGUUCGUUAAAUUGGUGAAAAUCAACUAAGCACAAAAAAAAACUGUCUAUUUUCUGUUCAGUGUUUUUGACCCAUUUCUCAAUAGUUUUAAUUUAGUAUGAAUAAGAUUAGAUGUAAUAUUUGAAACUAGCUAAAAUACUUUUAUGUAUAUUGUCUUUCAAUAAAAAAACCUAUGACAAUAUUGAUACAAGUGUUUGAAUAGCUGAAAUAAAUGUAACCGGAAUUGGCACGUCGGCUAGUACAGUGUACAUGUUUCCGACGUGCCAAGUUAAAUGUGAAUAGGUCUUGUAAAAAUCAAUGUCAGUAGAAAGUGGAUUCCAAUACAAUUUUAUUGUUGGAUGUUAUUUAUGAUAUUCAAAUAAAGAUAUGAAAUCUA